CAAAAUGGUGGGAAACUACGGUUAGAUUUAAAUGUUCAGGCUGCUUGGGAUCAAGGCAUUACGGGUAAAAACGUAACUACAGCAAUAAUGGAUGAUGGAGUCGAUUAUAUGCAUCCGGAUUUAAGGUACAACUAUAACGCUGAAGCUAGUUACGAUUUUAGUAGUAAUGAUGCAUAUCCCUACCCAAGAUAUACUGAUGAUUGGUUUAACAGUCAUGGGACGCGUUGUGCGGGAGAAGUGGCAGCUGCACGUGAUAACGGAAUUUGUGGCGUUGGUGUGGCGUAUGAUUCAAAAAUUGCUGGCAUUCGUAUGCUUGACCAACCUUAUAUGACUGACUUAAUCGAGGCUAAUUCGAUGGGACAUGAACCACAUAAAAUACACAUUUAUAGUGCUUCUUGGGGCCCAACUGAUGAUGGGAAAACUGUUGAUGGUCCACGGAAUGCGACUAUGCGCGCAAUUGUUCAAGGCGUUAAUGAAGGACGCAAUGGACUCGGCAACAUCUAUGUGUGGGCUUCAGGAGAUGGUGGUGAGGAAGACGAUUGCAACUGUGACGGAUACGCAGCAUCGAUGUGGACUAUUUCUAUCAACAGUGCAAUCAACGAUGGACAAAAUGCUCACUAUGACGAAAGUUGCAGUUCAACUUUAGCCAGUACUUUUAGUAAUGGUGCAAAGGAUCCUAAUACUGGAGUGGCAACUACAGAUCUCUACGGUAAAUGCACUACAACUCACUCUGGCACUAGUGCUGCUGCACCUGAAGCUGCAGGAGUCUUUGCUCUGGCUUUGGAAGCGAAUCCAUCCCUAACUUGGCGCGAUAUUCAACAUCUGACGGUCUUGACAUCAAAAAGAAACUCACUUUUUGAUGCUAAGAACCGUUUCCAUUGGACCAUGAAUGGUGUUGGACUAGAGUUUAAUCAUCUAUUUGGUUUUGGAGUCCUUGAUGCAGGUGCAAUGGUGUCUUUAGCAAAAAAAUGGCGAACCGUUCCUCCACGCUAUCAUUGUGAAGCUGGUGCAAUUCUGAAUGUGCAUAAAAUUCCAACUACGGGGCCUCUAACAUUGCGAAUUAAGACGGAUGCCUGCAGGAGCACUGAUACCGAAGUUCGUUAUUUAGAGCAUGUUCAAGCUGUCAUUACUGCGAACGCCACAAGAAGAGGUGAUUUAGAAUUAUUCGUCACGUCUCCAAUGGGAACAAGGUCAAUGAUUUUGAGUCGCCGGGCUAACGAUGAUGAUCAUCGAGAUGGUUUCACAAAAUGGCCCUUUAUGACAACGCAUACUUGGGGAGAAUAUCCACAAGGCACUUGGUUGUUGGAGGUAACGUUUAAUUCCAAGGAGCCUCGUUCGGGUUGGCUGAAAGAAUUUUCUUUGGUUUUACAUGGCACGAAAGAUCCACCUUAUAGAAUGCUUUCUCCAGCAUCUCCACAUUCAAAGUUAGCGAUUAUAAAGAAGGCCCAUGAAGAUCGAGAUAAAAUGUAAAUCUACUGUAUUGGUACAAUUGUUGCAUCUAAAUGAAUCAAGUUUUCCAGUUUGGUUUAUCAUAGCACUAAAACUAAUAAAUAUUACCU